AUGGAUAAUUCUUCUGAUGUUAUUUACUUGGUAAUGAAUGGGCAUGUAGAACUGCAGAAGUACAGAUAUUUUUAUUUUGUAAUUACUCUGACAGUUUAUCUGUUAAUAAUUUGCUUUAAUGCUGUUGUCAUUUUUGUCAUUUGCACAAACAAAUGUCUCCAUGAGCCAAUGUACAUCUUUAUUGCUGCUUUACUUUUCAAUUCUCUUUUGGGAACAACUGCCCUUUAUCCUAAACUGCUGAGUGAUUUUUUAUCUGACAGACCAGUUACUUCUUACUCAGCCUGCCUGUUUCAGGCAUUUUGUAUUUAUACAUAUGCUGCAUCAGAGUUCACACUGUUAUCAGCUAUGGCCUAUGACAGAUAUGUGUCCAUAUGUAAACCAUUACAAUAUGCAACUCUUGUUAAAAUUUCCACUGUGAAAAAGCUUUUAUUGUGCUGUUGGUUUUUUUCUGCUUGUGAAAUUGGAAUAUUAAUAAUACUCACAUCCCGACUUCAGCUGUGUAAAUUUAAAAUGACCAGAAUUUACUGUAAUGAUUACUCAAUUGCUAAAUUAAGUUGUGGAGACACAUCGGUUACCAAUAUAUAUGGACUGUUUGGUUUAACUCUUACUGUAUUUCCACCAAUGUUCUUCAUAUUUUACUCAUAUGCUCGAAUAUUUGAAGUCUGUUUAAAGAACUCAAAAGAGUUCAGAAGAAAAGCUCUGCAGACCUGCUUCCCACACCUUUUCAUUUUCAUCAGUUUUUCUGUUUUCUCCUGCUUAGAAGUGAUUAACACCAGAUUAGAAGGAAAUAUACCCCACCUUUUUUCUGUGAUAAUAUCUAUUGAAAACUUGGUCAUUCCUCCUCUUAUUAAUCCUGUUAUGUAUGGUUUAAAACUGCAUGAGAUUUAUAGAAAAAUUAAGAAAAUAUUGUGGAAAAGAAAGACACGCAGAUCAUUUUAG